AUGUCAGGUCUAGGUGGUGACUUUGCGGUGAAUUUCGCCCGGGAGACAUGGGCGUUAUAUGCUGUCGGUGUCUUUGGCGCCGUCUUGCGAUUUGCUCUGGAUAGUACCGCCCGUAUUCGACGUCUAGGCAUUCGCAACCUCCAAAUCGAUGAUUAUCUGAUGUUUCGCAUCCGGGGAGGAUCCAAUUUGAUGACCGACGAAGACAAACUUCAUCUGACGCCUCAAAUCGAGGCCGAGCGAACCCGGGGCAGUAAAUGGGUGUUUGUCUCGGAGCACUCGUUCAUUCUCUGCGUUUGGGGUCUCAAGGCGUGCAUGUUGGUGAUUUAUGCCCGUAUCACUGAGGGACUGAAGCAACGGAAAUGGAUUAAUUGGAUUGCUAUCUAUGUUGCCAUUGGGUUUGUCGCCACGGAGCUCUCUCUCUUCCUCAUCUGCCGUCCUAUUACUCAAUACUGGGCUGUCCCACCGGACAACGUCCAAUGUUCGACCUACCAAUACUACGAAAUCGUGCAAGGAUGCAUCUCCAUCUCCGCCGAUGUGUUCAUGCUUCUCAUCGCCAUCCCGAUGCUCCUUCAAGUCCGCGUGCCGCUGAAGCAGAAAUUGAUCCUCGUCAUUCUCUUCGGCAUGGGAAUCUUCGUCAUUGUCGCCGCCGUCUUGAACAAGGUGUACUGCCUAGUCCCUUCCUUAAUCUCCUACGUCUACAUGAACUGGUACUUCCGCGAAGCCACCGUCGCGAUCCUCGUCACCAACCUACCACUAGUGUGGUCUCUUCUGCGUGACGUCUUCCCGGCCCUCAAGAGCUGGACUGGCGGUUCCAAGCGCGGUACUGAUCGCUACAAGUCCGGGCCCUGGACCAGCAAGGGCGGCUCCAACCUCCCUCCCUACGGGCCCCCGAGCAAUCUCCGAUCCGGCGACUUCAGCAUGCAAGACUUUGAGCGCAGCGCUACCGUCACUCCCCAAAAGGCUACGGCAUCUGAUAUCAGUUUGGAGCCUAGUGAGGACCGCGAUGCGAGCAGUGACGAUGGGUCUGCGCGCGCCCUGCGUAUCCGUCAAGAUAUCACGGUGACCGUGCACCAUGACUCUCGGCCGAUGGAGUAUCAGUCGAACUCCUCUCAUGUUGCCCACCGGGCCCACGAGGAAGUCUAA